AAGGUUGGUUCGACUCUGUCAAGCGAAGAGAACACUUUGAUCGAGAACACGUUGAUCGCGACCCACGUGUGGAUUCACGUAAAUCGGGAUCGGCUGGCAACGGAAUGCCACGUGUCGUACGAGGCGAAGCCCUAAAUCCAGAAAAUUUUCUAUUGCAGCGUCCGCGACGUCGUCCCGUGCCGCAACCACACCGAUAUUGUUCCCGCAUCCCUUCGUUACUAGCUCUCCCAACCUCGCAACGCCCCCGACAACAACCUUCAUUCACCUCUCCAUUCUCUUCCACCCCCACCCUCUCUCUCAUCAUGCCUUCCUCAAGCAAAAGAUCCGGCAAAGUCGGCGGCAAAUUCGUUAUCGACUGUUCAGCCCCGUGCGAUGACAAGAUCAUGGACGCUGGAGCAUUUGAAAAGUUUCUUCACGACCGCAUCAAGGUGAACAACAAGACCGGGCAGCUCGGCGACGUGGUCAAGGUGUCGCGCGACAAGUCGCGCAUCACGGUCGAGGCGACGCAGAAGUUCUCCAAACGCUAUCUCAAGUACUUGACAAAGAAGUACUUGAAGAAGCAAAACCUCCGGGAUUGGAUGAGGGUCGUGGCGUCCGACAAGAACACAUAUGAGCUUCGCUACUUCAACAUUAGUGAGGACCUCGAUGAAGACGACUCGGAUGAGGAAUAAACUAAAAAGCGUUGUGUUUUGAGAAA